UCCCCCGCCCCUUUCUGGAUUUGGGGGGAUUUAACACCGUUUUGCAGAAAUUUAGGAUUUGCAAGAUUCGCAGAGGCUGCAAUGCAAAGGCUGCAAGGAGCGGCCUUUUCUCUUCCUGAACCUGACAUGCUCUCUCGACUUGACCCUGGAGAAGACCCAUGGGUUCCAGAUCUUUCCGCCAAAAAGGAAAAGGAGAUCCCGCUGGACGGUGGAGAGGAGUUUCCUGAUGUGAUCAUAAAGGUGGAACAGGAAGAGGAGCAAUCGGAACAGGGAGCGAAUCCACUGAACUCCUCUCUCCAGGAAAGAGAAACGGUAGCCUCAGGGUUUUCUGCUGUGAUAAUCAAGAAGGAAGAAGACGACGAGCUUUGGGUAGUGUAUCACCAGGGCUCCGAGGAAAACGAAACAUCCCCACGUGCCCACUCAGAAGAGGGCAAUGGAAAAAGGUGCACGGAGGAGAAAGAGAAUAAAUGCUCAGACUGCGGGAAAAGCUUCACGCAGAGGUCUAGUCUCGUCCGACACGAGAAGACGCACACGGGGGAGAAGCCCUACGAAUGUGCAGAGUGCGGGAGGAGCUUCAGCCAGAGGUCGAUCCUGACCAGACACGAGAGGACUCACACGGGAGAGAAGCCGUACAAAUGCUCAGAGUGCGGGAAGAAUUUCCGCCACAAGUCGGCCCUUCUCAGGCACGAGAAGAUGGAGGCCGGGGAGAGGCCGUACGAAUGCUCUCACUGCGGAAAGGGCUUCAUUCAGAGGUCCAACUUCCUCAUCCAUGAGAGAAUCCACACCGGCGAGAAACCGUACCUGUGCUCGGACUGUGGGAAAAGCUUCGUCCAGAGGUGGCACCUGCUCGUCCACGAGAUGACGCAUAAGCCCGAGGAGCCCUAUCAGUGCGCAAAGUGCGGGAAGAGAUUCAACCACAGCCUCAACCUUGUCGUCCACGAAAGGAGCCACGUGGGGGAGAAAGUGUACCCGUGCCCAGACUGCGAGAAGAGCUUCACGCAGAGGUCGAGCCUCGUGCGGCACAAGAAGACGCACACCGGGGAGAAGCCGCACAGGUGUGCAGAGUGCGGGAGGAGCUUCAGCCAGAGGUCGAUCCUGACCAGGCACGAGAGGACCCACACGGGAGAGAAGCCGUACAAAUGCUCAGAGUGCGGGAAGAAUUUCCGCCACAAGUCGGCCCUUCUCAGGCACGAGAAGAUGGAGGCCGGGGAGAGGCCGUACAAGUGCUCGCACUGCGGAAAGGGCUUCAUUCAGCGGUCCAACUUCCUCAUCCAUGAGAGGACCCACACGGGCGAGAAGCCAUACAAAUGCGCCGAGUGCGGGAAAGGCUUCGUUCAGAGGUCGCACCUUCACGCCCACGAGAUAAUGCACAAGGAAGAGGAGCCCUUUCAGUGCUCAAAGUGCGGGAAGAGGUUCAGCCACAGCUUGAGCCUCGUCAUCCACGAAAGGAGCCACACGGGAGAGAAACCGUACCCAUGCUCUGCCUGUGGGAAAAGCUUCGUUGACAAAUCGAGCCUUGUCAGACACGAGAGGGCCCAUCGAGGAGAGAAGCCAUACGCGUGCUCCGACUGCGGGAAAAGAUUCAGCUAUAGGUCUGCCCUCCUCAGGCACAAGAAAACCCAAGCGGGUGGGAAGCCAUAUUGGUUUUCGGCCUGUGGCAAAAGCGUCAUUCAGAAAUUGAAGCGCCUUGCGCACGAGAGAACUCACAGUGGAGAGAGCCUGUACAAGUGUGCUUACUGUGGCCGGGCCUACAACUUAAAGUACAAGCUCCUCAUCCACGAGAGAGCCCACACCAGGAAGAAACCUUACCAGUGUUUGGAGUGCAAGAAGAGCUUCGGCCAGAGAUCCCACUUCAUUGUGCACCAGAGGACCCACACGGGGGAAAAGCCCCACAAGUGCUCCGAUUGCGGGAGGUGCUUCAGUGACGGGCGCAACCUCGUGAAGCACAAGAAGACCCACACGGGAGAGAAACCUUACCGGUGCCGCGUCUGCAGGAAAAGCUUCACAAACAAGUCGAGCCUCGUUGUGCACGAGAGGACUCACACCGGAGAAAAACCAUACGGAUGCUCGGGUUGCGGGAAAGGCUUCACCAGCAAAUCGAGCUUGAUUAAGCACGAGAGAACUCACACGGGGGAGAAGCCGCAUGCCUGCCCGGAUUGUGGGAAAAGCUUCGUUCAGAGGUCGAACCUCCUCAGGCACGAGAGGACCCACAAAGGGGAGAAAACGAAUCCGUCCUCAGACGGCGGGGAAAGUUCCGGCGGUGACUCGGCCCUGACUAGAUACGUAGGGGCCCAGGCGGAAGAGAAACCCUAUAAAUGCUCCGAGUGCGGGAAAAGCUUCCACGAGAGACGGAACCUCGUUGUGCACGAGAGGACGCACACGGGGGAGAGGCCGUAUAAGUGCGCUCACUGCGGGAAAACCUUCACCAACAAAACGACCCUCGCGGUCCACAAGAGAACUCACACGGGGGAAAAGCCGUACAGGUGCCCCAGCUGUGGGAAAAGCUUCCCUUACAAGUCGAGCCUGAUCAAACACGAGAGGACCCACACGGGAGAGAAGCCCUACAAGUGCACCAGCUGCGGGAAAGGGUUCAACCAGAGCGCCAACUUGCUCGCGCACGAGAGGACCCAUACAGGAGAGAAGCCAUUCAAAUGCUCGGACUGCGGGAAAAGUUUCGGCGACCGGUCGAAUCUGAUCAGGCACCAGAAAAGUCACACCGGAGAGCAACUCUAGAAAGAUUCGUGCUUUGGUAGGGUAGGAAGAAACCUCACAGCGGAUAUUUCCUGCUAGGCCUCAUAGGGAACACGCAGGAUAUACCACGACAGGCUCUAUCUUCACUUUGGGUCAUGUGAUAGAGCUUUUUCUGGGCUGUACAAUUUUACACUGCUGUGGGGUGUUCAAAUAGUUGAAUGUUCCCUAAUUUGGGGGCAGGGG